AGUUGUUGUAUGGAACGCCGUUGAAACCGUUCGCGCUACGUCUGAUUUCGACGCCUCGCGGUUCAACUUUCUCGUCGUUGACGUUUAUUUUUAUCGGGAUCCUUGAACUUCGAAUGGUGAUUGGUUUAUUAAACUUUAAAGUGAUCAAAAUAAUGGUAUAGAUAGAAGUAGUGGAAAUGGAAAUGAAGAAGAUCUAUCUGAUCAUCGUUGUGCAUUUCAUUUUGGACCAGUCUUGGUGUAUCCAAGAUCAAUCGAUGGGUCAAACUUUAACAGUCGCUAGAUUAUCUACAGGAACGCCGCAAUUCAUAGGGCCAAUUCAAAAUGUGACGGUAGCCCUCGGAAGGGAAGCUGUUCUCAGCUGUACCGUCACAGAUCUUGGGAAUUAUAAAGUCGGAUGGAUGAAAGCUGACGACCAAACUAUACUUGCACUUCACACUAGGGUCAUAACUCACAACCCCAGAAUAACAGUUAAUCACGAUGACAACUUGAAGACGUGGCAAUUGCGUAUACGACAACUGAAGGAGUCGGACCGUGGCUGUUAUAUGUGCCAAAUAAAUACGGGGGAAAUGAAAAAACAAUACGGCUGCAUCGACGUACAUGUUCCUCCGGAUAUUGACGAUUCCGGAACAAGUAAAGACAUUACCAUAAAGGAAGGCGAGAAUGUCACUGUAACUUGCAGCGCGACAGGACAUCCAGAACCGAGGAUACUUUGGAGAAGAGAGGAUGGAGGACAUUUAAUUAUGCAAGUUGGGUCUCAUGAAACUCAAAAAGCUGAAACGUUUCGAGGGCCAAGUCUAAAACUUGUGAGGGUCGACAGGCGUCAGAUGGGCGCUUACUUAUGCAUUGCAAGUAACGACGUGCCACCGGCAGUGAGCAAAAGGAUCACUCUGCAUAUUACUUUUCCGCCGAUAGUGCAGGUUCAGAAGCCCCUUGUCGGAGCCCCUCUUCAAACGAAUGUGAAGCUCAAGUGCGACGUGGAAGCUUUCCCGAUAUCGAAUAACUUCUGGACUAUAGGAGAGGAGAUGGUUUUCAAAAGUGAUAAACAUACUUUGAUGGAAAAGAAGAACGGAUACAAAACAGUGAUGCUUUUGACUAUUCACAAUGUAACUGAAGCAGAUAUUGGAACCUAUACUUGUACCGCACAAAAUGCUAUGGGGCGAUCAGAAGAUUCGGUGAGACUUUACGAGAUAAAAAUUCCAACAACUACCACGACCACCACCACAACAACUCGUGCAACAACAACAACUACAACCAGUACAACUGAAUCAAAUCUAAUAUUGGAAAUUACCAGUGGUAUAAAAAGUACUGCACAACCGCUGUUUGGAAGUAUGAGUGGGAGAGUGAUCGAUGAAGAUCCCUCGGAAAACUGGCUAUAUCCUAGCGUCGACCCCGCGCCCCUAGAAUUGGAAACACAUUCCGAUUCGCGAUCGAACAAAGGACUAUCCCUUAUUUUCCAUUUGACUCUAAGUUUCUUGGUAACGUUGAUUGCUUUUCUUAGGUGACACGUAAGUUGUUAUUAAGAGAAGGCUGCUGUCAGAAAGAUCCGUGUUAAACGAUGUAGAAAUGCGGAAUCACACGGACAUCUGGAUCAAAAUAAUUCAAUAAGUCUGCGGGAUAGAAUAGUAGAAGUUAUAUAAGAAGAUUGAGUAUAAAAAAAAAUAAAAAAUGUUUUAGUAAAUUGAACUAGACGACGUUAGGAAAUUUUGAUAUAACGGCGUUGUUAUUUUUGCAGAUUGGUAUAUUUUUGUGUCUUUUUUUUCCUAAUAUAUAUAUCAUUUAAGCUAAAUAAGUAAUAUUUUUUAGCUAUAGCUCUAUAAAAUUGAUCGUAAAUAAUUAGUUUAUAGCUCAAUAUGUAUUAAUCGGUACCAAUAAAGCAGCUCAAUUUUGGAUCAAAAUCUAGCUGCUAAAACAUUUUUUUUUAUAUAUUUAUUCAAUUGUACAAAGGUAUAUUGUAAGUAUGUCAUAUCAGUGCUCAAUGGAAUAGAGCUUAUUUAGUGAAAAUAAAGCAAAUAACAUGUUCCGAUCAAAUUUGAUCGAACACGAAACGAGAAUCAUCGACCAGCCAUCGCGUUUACCAGAUUUUACUGCCCUAACUUCAUUAUCGUUUUUAAACUUGAAAAUUCGCUUUGAUGAAGCCAUAAAAACUGUAUGGAAAAUUGUAUUAAGCAUGCCAUGAAUACGUGAAAAUGUUUUUAGGUCAUUUUGACUCAACUUUGAUCAUAAAUUUACUACAGGGAGAGUAGUUAUCUUUCGGUCCUUUUUAUUAGAAAUGUAUACUUCAAAUCAACAAAAAUUCAAUAUUCAAAUUUUGUUUCAAGGUAUUAGGUUAUCUACCCUGCUGUAUAUUACGAUCUGAUAAAUCAAAAACUCUCCUUUCAUCAUCAAUUUCCCCUAGAGAUAUUAACAACAAAUAGUUUAAUAUAGGACAGACGCCAUAGGAAUUGUGACAUAGAAUAUACGAACAAAAUUAAUUGUGAUGGGGCUUAUUUCGUUCUCAUUGAAUUGUUUAGAACAAUAAUUCACAUUUUCCGCAUUAGUUAUGAUGUUAGGAUCAUAUGAAGUGGUUAUACUUCAUAGAUGACUUUCAAUAUUCUUUUGAAUUUAAUGGAGACUUUCCUAUUACAGCUAGAGGUGAUGGCAUCAAAAAUUAUAUCAAAUUAAUAUAAAAUCAACGAUAUUCCAUUGUUAAGAAUAGAAACCGGAAACUUCAAUUUCUUUUUAAGACAAAAUCUGGUUCACUUCAACUAAUAGAGUCUCUUUGAUUGGAAGAUUAUGCUUCUGAGGUCCUAUUAGGAGUAAUUUGAGCAUUGAAUCUCCUUUACCUCAAGUUCAUCAACACUCCUCCUUUCUUUGGCUACAGCGCCCUUAACGCAUAAUUCUUGAAAAAAGCGGAGAAAGAAGAAGAAGAAGAAGGAAGAUCAUAAUUUAUUGUUUUUUGUUAACGCUAAUUUGAUGAUAAAUAAAGCAUGAAUUUCAGGUUUCAGUAGUUUCUGAAUACAAGAAUUAGGAAAACUGGAGAUGUUGUGAAAGCUCAAAGGAGAUGUUACGCAAUGGUAAGGCCGAAAACUGUACAUUCAUUAGAACUUUUAGCAAAUACAAUUUUAGAAGAGUAGUGCAGAAAUCGUCAUCAUUAUCAUGCCGUUUAAUCUUUUGGAUUAUGGAUAGUCCUUGGGGCGCCUACAGAUCAUUUUAUUGGGGUGGAUUACUCCCCUUGAUCUUUUUUUAUCGUUUUUUGUUAAUCCUUGCUUCGUUUGUCAGCUUUUUCCAAUUUUUUCCAUUUUUGAAUUUUACUUUCUAGUCUACUAUUUCUAGGAUUCUAGUAACUUCUCCAGUUUGGUUUCUCCAGGUAUUUAUUGGUCUGUUUCUACCUCUAAACUUUGAUAUUAAGCAAAAAACAAUAACUUCAUGCAAAAUCCAUAUUGAAUCGAACUGUUUUGUCCAAAAUCUGAGUUUGAAUUACAACAAGAAAAUAAUUUUCGAUAUUUAAUAUUCAUAUCAUAUAUAGAAAACGUAGUAGUAACUCAGCCUGUAUAUACAUAUUACGAGGCUAGUUCAAAUGAAAACGUAUGAAGCGAUGCCAUGUGUAUAAUGAUGCCCAAGACAUAAAGCUAACUUUGUAUUCAAAAACAGAAAUCAAUAUACAAAGUGUAUUCUCCAGUUUAUUGUUUAACUUCAAAUGCUACCUUCAGAGAUGAUUUUCCAGCUAACCAAAUAGAAAUCAUAGAGCGCUACCUGGUAUUAACCCAGAAGAUUUAUGAGAACAUGCAUAGACUGCACAUAACUGUCUAUAUAAGUACAAAACCUUAGCACCAAUUGAAUCUCUGGUACUCUUCUUCUUCUUAACGUGCCGUAUCAAAUCUCCUUGGCGAUCAGCAUGGCAAAAACUCCCUCUAUCUUGAGCUAGUCUAAAUAACUGUCCUGCUUCUCUUAUCCCAAUCCAUUCUCUCAAUAUUCUUCGGACAAGAGGCUUGUUUCCUUCCAAUUCCUCUACGAUCUUCAGCUUUGGUACUCUACAAAAAAGUUUCCAUGCAGCUCCUCUUAUGGUUCUUAGAACUUUUUCGAAUCUAGCUUAUCCUUCACCAUCAUUGUCUCCAUCCAAAUUCUCGUCACUAGAUGAAGCAAAACGUUAUAGUGACAAAUGGUUUGGUAGUUAAGAUGUUUCUUGUAUUUUUAUUUCAACAACUCUCAUUUAAAACUAUGUAGUACUUUCAUAUCAAGGUCGCGAUGUCUGAAAAUACCAUGUUGUUAUGGAAUAACGAAAUUAGACUAUAAGCUUUGACAAUAUUUAUUAAGGUUGAAUCCCACAAGGAUUAUCACGGGUACGUAUGAAUAUUUUCAAUUUCCAGCUUGUUGAUUUCCAGAUAUCACCAAAAAGAAAACAUUGCAAAAGAGUUAAUGAGACAGCAAAGCAUAAAUAUAAAAAAAGAUGAAUAUUCAGUCGUUUGGUAGAUAGAGAUUCAUUGGAAUUGGCCCUGAUAUAGGAGUUGCUCCUCUGCAGAGCUAAGGUUGUGGUGAUUGUGAUUGCGCUGCUUCAGGCUAAAAAAUCUUGUUGUGUUUCUGUUUAUUUUUAAUAGGGAAGCGGAUACAGCUGCAGCUGCAGCUAUCUUUGGCCAUUUGACCGAUUCUCCAGGUCACAGGAAAACCGCAGAAAACCUGCAACAGCGACAAUUACAGUCGGUUGAGGUCGUAGUGAUCUCAUACGACAGGCGAGACUAGACAAGAGUUGUUUUAAGAGUUUCCGACCACAAUCUGAAGAUGUUAGCACCCAUUGGAAAAAGUUGAGAAAUAAAUCUGCGUAUACGUCACUAAAAUGCAUCAGAUUUAACUUUUCCCUGCAUCCUAACCACAAAGUUUCACUUGCAGCACAAGAAUUUUUAUCGAUUUCCUUGAAAUCCUUGCUUAUGUUAAUCACACAAGAUUUUGAUUUUUAGUUAUUUUUCACAACAUCCAAUUCCCAUAUCCGCUUCAUUAGUAUCUAUAAUAAAAAACUUUCUUUACCUUUUUGAUUGUUGUGUAAACCUCAUCGUAUUAUUUGGUUCCCAGCUCUUCAUUCAUAUGCAUGGUAUACCUAUGGGUCAUGUUUGAGAGGUUUGAUGGAGCAUUUUCAGAUCAAAAUACCCACUAGAAAAAGCCGCGAGCAAUAAAUAGUAAAUAGAUAGUAAAGAAGUGUUGAAGACACUGAAGGGUAUUUAGUGUAUGCACCAAAUUCCAUAUUUUCUUGCACCAAAGCCCUAUAACAACGAUCAAAUGAAGUGGAAAGAUACUCAAAGUCUAAAACAAUGCAAAUAAUUCCAUAACCAAAGGUCUGAGGAACUUCUUGAGAUAUCCAGAAUCGAUAUUUAACUGGUGAUCUUGUAAAAGGUCAUUGCACCGUCAAAUAACACCUUAAAACGAUAGACUUGGUACAGAACAACUGUAGAUUCUGUGAACGAGCUAUGGAGAUGACAGAGUGAAUAUCUUGGCCAUUUCAGAAUCUCAAUCUAGUACUGUAUCUUUAAUAGAUUUAUGAAAUCAUUAUAGUUGAUUAAUUGAUGAAGGAAAUUGUUAAAAUUUCAAGGAUUAUAUGCCUUUGUAUGUAUUCCAUGUAAUCCGGAAAGGGACGAUGUUAUAGCUCCCUAAAAUAACCUUCCAGAUAUAAAUUUUCCGUAAAUUUAUAAUUAAUUCAUAUUAUUUCGUAUAUUUUUCCGUAAAUGACCUUCAUGGUUGUUGAGGUACACUUCAUACCAUAGGAAAUACCGAUCCAAGACUGCUCCAUUAUACUUAUAUACCAAGGGAAAUCAACAUGAAGGGAAUUGUUUCUGUAAAUAUUUCAAUGUCGAGAAUUACGAAGUUGGCGUUUUUUAGAUGAAAUGUUACUAUUUGAAUAUUAACAAUUGAAAUGAAUAUUUUGUUUCCAUAUUAGUCACAAAAGAAGUGAAUUCGAAUAUUUUACGAUAUUAAAAAGGAAUAUCUCAUCUAAAAAUCGUAUUUUAUAAAAAAAUAAAUAUACCAGGUGUACCGAAUUAUCAUGAGUAUUUCUAAUUAUAUAAUCAAAAUUUGAAUGUAAAAUGUAAAUGAAUGUACAUAUCCUGCCUAGACGCAGUAAUAUUGUUGAAUAUUGUAUUGAAAUAAAAGUUAUCUAUGUAAAAA